AUGUACAGUCCUAAUGCACUGGUCCACAAUGUGGUCGAGGUGGACAAGCUUUAUGUACAGAAACUACGAGAAAGUAUUGAUGAAAUGUUUUCAAUCAAGCAGAAUGCCAUAGCAAAUGAAGACUACACAACUGCAGACCAGAUGCGGCUCAAAAUUACUGCACUUCAAUUCCAACUUAUAAAAAUGGAAGACCAAUUCAAUGCUGACUUUAUUGGCGUCGGAAUGCUACAAGCUCAGUUUCAAGUCGAUCUUAUCAAUAUCAUUAAAACCAUACCUGUGAAUUACUGCGACGCUAUUAUUCGUUCUGUACUGGUUAUAAACCCUCAAGAACUUCCAGACUCUCCAAAAUCACCCUAUGGCUGGGAUUUUUUGUCUAAAAAGAUUCCUACUUUAAUAUCCAAAUCUAACGAUGUCAUUGAUGCCGUGUUGGAAAACUUCAUUUUAAUACUCUAUAAACUAAUUCGCAUACCGUUUACAUCUCAAUCUCAGAGAGCAACCGUUACACUAGUAAUUACAGAUAUCGUAAGUACCGUUCUUGGACUUACCACUAGCAUGGACAUUCGCAGGGAAACAUACGAUCUGGUGCUUCGACAUGCAUUCAAUUACUUUCACUACAUGUCGCUUCGUCGCAUGAGCCAGGACAUAGAAGGUCGCAUUUUCGAAAAGAUUUUUAUUCGAUUCUCCAUUAUUAUUGGAGAUAUUUCUGACACUGCAAAUAGUCGUCGUGAUAUUUACAAGUUCACUCUUGGCUAUAUGGAUCCUCAGAAAAAAAUUACUUCUGAAGAAAUCAUUAUGGUGCUUUCAUCCAUUCGCUAUAUUGGAGCAAAAACCAAGACUGAGGAUGAGGCUGUUGCAUUGAUUACUCUUAUGCGCGAAUUGAUUAGUUUUCAUGACAAAUCUCGUAAAACCUCACUCAAAAUUGCAGCAAUCCAGGCACUGGAACGUUUGAUACAGCCUCUCGAGUUUGGAAGUCAGUGUUUGGUUGGCGAACCUGCAAUUUGGAACGAGGUGGCAGAUAUUUACAAAAAAGCUCGAAAAUGGUCGAGUAAUGAGGAUGAAAAGUCGUCAGCUCUUCAUUUGCUUGUGAUUAUUCUAGUCAAUGCUCGGUUUGAGUUUUUUGCGCAGAACAUGGACAGUUUUCUCAACUCUGAUUUAUGUCCCAAAGGAAAAGUAAAAUCUUACUCGUACGAGUGUAUUCUUCAGCUGCUUCGUGGACGUUAUUACAACGAUACUCGCGAACACUGGAGAGAACGAGCUAAUGGCACGUUUCACUUUGGUCAUGCAUACGGCAGUCUUACUCGUUCUCCAGAAGAUCAGAGCUCUGGUGGUGUGGCCAAUAGAUUGAAUGUGAUUUGCGAGUUAUUGUUUUUCCGGCGAAAAGGUCCUAUUUUGGACGAACACCUUGAUACAUGUGUUGAUAUUGUUGUACAAAUCUCUGCACACAAUCUACAAAUUGGACUCAAGUUGAUUUCUGAGCUUAUGAAUACCAACAGCGUAGAUAGUGGUCCUGAUGUGUUUUACAUUGGUGUUCGCGCUCUACGCACCAUUGUCAAUCCAGAAAGUGGAUUUUCUAGCUUUGCCUACUGCCGAUCUAUGGACAAUUUUCAAACUAUUAUCAAGGAAUUUCCUUUUGACUUGGAGAUCAAUUUUACGCACAUUUUAAAUUAUAUCGACGUUCAGGUUGGCGUCGGUGUCGUUGGCACAUCUGGACAGGUUCUCGAUCCUUCUACCAACUCGACUGGGAUAAAGCAAAUUAUCCCACUUUCUCGCAACUUUUCCAGUGAGCAAGGAUCGCGCGAUAAUAUUUUGGCUAUGCUACACAAUAUUGAAGUCACUUCAUCACAGACGUCGUCUUCCACCGAUGACCUUGUUUCCACUUCGCCAACCCUGUCCAUGAGCAAUCUCAAUCUGCGCGGAUCAGUUGUAUCUCCUCUCGCUCGUUCUGCCACUGCUAGACUGAUGCGUGAAGCAGGACAUGGAAGCAAUCCUGGCUCACUCAGUCCGUUGGGAAUGGCACAGCCGCUUACAUCUGAACGCCGCAAUUCUUCAAUGUCACUGCUUGAUACUUACAGAAACUCAUAUCGCCGUGAUUCUCAGCUUGGAAUGGGUCCAUUGGUUUCACCCACUUUUUCCCAGGACGUAUCUUCUAAAGAGUUGAAUGACAAGGUUCACGCUACAAUGAAGGAAUGGUUUGAAGUUUGUCAUGCUGACAGUAAACUACCCUCCAAGUAUCAUGUUGCGGCCUCCAUGAUAGAUCUUGCUCGCGUCCGAAAGCGAGCAAAUAUAAAACUUAAACCUGAGCAGAAACUUUCCAUCAGAGUGCUAAAGGAAGUUAUUCGUACUAUACCUUUUGUUCCUGCACCCGAGUUCAUUGGUGGCAAUCUUUUUAUUGGGGUGUAUCUUAACCACAUUUUUGAUGAGAUUGGUGCCGAGGUUGCUGUUUCCUUGCGCACUAUUUUUGAAUUAUAUCCACCGCUUCGAAUUGGUAUCCUCAAUGGAUUUAUGAAUUAUAUCAAGAACUCGCUUUACCAAGACGACAUUAGUAUAUGCACCAUCAUCAAUUUUGUUGCACAACUGACCAGAAUCUGGGUAGCUGACUUUGAGCAAUCCGGUCCAGUAGAUCAACGAUCAUUUUUGCGAGUGUCGUGCAAAGUAGAUGCAGCAAUUAUUAUAGGACUUUGCCGCGCUACGUCUCUUAUUCGCAAGCCAUGUCUUCAGAUUAUGUUGGACAUGUACACGAUUCAACAGACGUUUGAAACACAUCAAAACACCAUUCAUGAAAUGCCUCUUGCUGCUAUUCUUGUUCAAAUGGAAACUACAAUUUGUAAACAGGGCAUGUAUGCCUUUCUUGAAAAGUGUCUAGUCGGUCAUUUGAUAUCUCCACGUGUAGCAACUUCAUUGAGAACUCUUACGUUCUUGGAUGUAGCUUCGAGCGACUAUACGGUUCUUUUUCGGUAUUACCUUGGAGAAUUAGCACAGAGAUUUGCCACUUACGGUCGAUCCAAAGCCACCCGUCAUUGUGCCAAAUUUCUACGACUAUUGGCUAUUCCCAUGAUCAAGUCACCUCCUGGAGCCAAUAAUGCACCUGCUGAAGAUAUAGCUAGAUUUUCUGCUCUUAUGGUGGUGUCGAUGGCUCUUUCUGGCGUACCUCUUGUAUCAGAAGUUGAUUACAUUUCUUUGAAGCCUCAAAGUGUAAGCGAUGAAACUCUUUUUCAUUUAAUCAAGCCAAUGCUUUCGCAAAUUAUUGCUAGCGAGACAUUUGUUGAAGUCAAGCCUGUUCUCGACAGUGUUUAUUUCUUACAUCGUGGUAUGAUGCAGCUCUUUGUUUCGGAGCUAUUACAAAAUUACUCUGAAGUGCGUCAUAAUUCAGCCAAAGUGAUCAACAAACGCUACAUUGACAAUAUUAUGUAUGCGCUUAGACGUUUGUCGCAGAGCCCGGGGUUGGAUGCGGCGAUUGAAGAUGAGUCUGUUCUGUCUUUAUCUCUAAGCGACAUGUUUGCCGAGUUUAUUACUCUGGCCUGUGUUCCAUUAAGUGAUAUGAGUUUUCUUAAUACUGGUCCAGUAUGGCGUCUCAAAACAGCUCUCAACGUUUGUGUUGCUGUUCAGCGAUUUGCCGAAUCGCUUUCUGCUGUAAAGCGAUCACUGCAGCGACGCGUAAUUAUUACUCAGGAUCUUACUGAGCUAGAGCGGUUUGAAAAGUCAACAUGGUCUACUCAACAGCGUCGCUUGGUUAUUUCUGGCAUGAGAGAAUGGUAUGAGAUUGUGCUUGAAAUCUCACCUUCUAUACCGAUUACCAAUGAUACUCGCAGAUCGGUCAAUCUGCGCAGAAAGUUGCUUCGUAAAGUGGGUCUUGCAACUGAAAGGGUGUUGAAUUUGGGAAAUGUGUUUAUCGACGAAGCUAUCCCUAGUGGGAUUCUUACAUGGCUCACUACAUUGGAGACCAAUGGAUACCGGGUAUUCACACCAGACUUUCUGUACGGGUCGGAAGAGGCUCUUGGUACUGUACUUGCCAAUAGCUACAGCAGUGUUGGGGUACACUCGCAGGUGUUUUUUGAAGCUAUUUUUGAGCAAAUUUUACCCCAACUUGACGAAAACCCUCGACUGCAUAUUUUUGGCGACAACCGCCGCAUGUCCUAUGCUGAAGACUACUUUGCUGGCAUGCAUUCUUUGCCAUUGAAAACUCAAGAAGGUGAUUCGCCAGCACUUAUCUAUCCUGACAUUAGCCGUAUCAAUGCUAUUAGACUUCGCCAGCACUUUGGCUCUUUACUUUUUUUUGGAUUAUUCAAUCUCAUGAAUGUCAGCAAGGUCGUUCGUAGUCGGUCACUUGUAUUUGUUCGAGAACUUUUAAUUAUGUUUUGCGCAGACGACUCUUUUGAUGCGCAUUCCUAUUUUUCAGAUAUUACUGGCGCGUUUUAUUCGGGAAGUGGAAGCAUUUUGCGUCCAAAGAUUUUGGAUAUAUCCAUCACCAUGUCUACUUUGUUUGAGGCUGAUAGUGGUUCGUUUUUAUGGGAAGCUGUUCGGUGCUUUCGUAGUGCUCAAAAUCAAACCACGGUUAGCACUCUUGUUCCAACGCAGCGAUGGGUUAUGGAGCUGAUUAUUCCCUGGUGCCGCUUUGCUGAUUUCACUUCUCUUAGCGACGAUGUUGUCAAUGCCGAGUUUUUCAGAUUCAUGAUGGAUGUUGCUUUUACGGCAGGAAGCGAGCAUCAUGAUUACAUGCAUACAUGUUGGAGCGAGAUAUCAAAAAGUCCUCAAAAUGGCUCUAUCAACACGGAUAUAAUGAUUGAUUUUGUUAUUCAAGUAUCUGCUCGAUUUGACCAGUUUCGCAACGAAUCGUUGGCGUUGAUUUCGACACUCUUUAGUGCACAUCCAGAAAAUGUCGCUGCUGCUCUAGCUUAUCAUUUAAAGUCGAGUGCCUUUCCAUGGCGUGCAGAUGGUGGAUCUUCACGUAAAGCCUUGGCUCCACAUCUUAGAGACUAUAUUGCGCUGCUUGAGACUUCGCUUCAAAGCGAAAGCCCUCGCAACUUGUCCACAAAUGACUAUACACUGUUGUGUCGUUGUGCAGUUAUCUUGGCUGCUGAUUUACUUCGUCAAGGAUUUGGCUUUUUUAUUCCCCAUAUCUCUGUGCUAGUCAAUUUUCUGCUGGUACAUCUUUCUGUUCGGUUGCAAGAUCUUUCCCCUGCCACCAUUCUUAUUGUUGGUUUGGUGGAAGGAUUUGUCGCUUGGAGCCACGAAACAGGAAAUCGAAAAAAUCCAGAUUUUGUCCCAGCUUUGGUGAAUAUUCGAAAACUGAUGGGACUAUUUGAAGCCCGUGACUGCGAAGUUACGUGGGAGUUUAUGCCUCCUAAUGACUCUAUAUUAUCAGACUUGCCAUCGAUUUGGAGCAAAGAUUUUGUGGAUCUCAUUCUUGGUAUCUUUUCUUUAGUGCGGCCAUCGAUUCGCCAAGAAAUGGCAGAGGAGGUGCUUUUUUGGAUAAACGAAGGGUUUUUGAGCAGCUCUGUUACCAGCCGGGCUUUGGAGGUGUACUACAUGCUUGUUGCUGACACACCGCUUCCCGAAGAUUUGCUAGAUCCAUUUACUGGACGUAUUUUAGACCACCUGACGAUUUUGAUGCAGCUAGAGGGUGAUGUAAUGUCACAGACUCUUAAAGCGGGAUCCGAAGACAAACUAUCUGCUACUGGCUGGAGUGCGCUUUCCAAAGGAAAGGUUGAUAUCAAAAUUGGCACUGCUAAAGUGAUAUUUGGUAUCAUGCAAGUGCACGGCAUAUUGAUGCGCAAGUAUCAAGAGCAAGGCUGUCUAAUUGAAAACGGAGAACUGUUUUGGCCCACUCUUGGUUUACUUUACCUUCCUGCGGACGAGUUUAGCGACGUGUACAUAAAUGCCAUUGAUAAUUUGAUUUACUUUAUUGCAAAUGCUGGACCUGGUUUGAAAUCACCAGAAUUUUUGGAUCCCUUUACCUCUCAUCUUGCUGAACGAUUUCCUGGUUUACAACAGAUUCUUAUUCCUGCCAUGUUUUGCAAACAUGGACUUGCACAAGCCAAGUCAUUUGAACUGCUUUUGCUGGCUUGGUUGCGACUUUCCGACCAAAUUGUAGAUUCCAAUGAGACCGGUACUCUAUUUAUUAUUCUGUACACAUCUCUUUGGAUUUUCUCAAAUCUCUGCAAUCUCGGCACGGAUCCAAACCACAUUGCCACUAAUGUGCAAUUGUUUAAAGAAGCUCUUGCAUUAAAGAAUACUAACGCGUUUGCCGAGGUGCACCUUUGUUUCCAAACUAUUUUGGACGCCAUCAACGCUGACCAGCACAUUACCGAAACCAUGUGUGACGAGCUCUUUGAACGCACCAUGACCAGCUUUAUGUCUGCAUUUAUCCCGGAAUACAUCAACAACAUAUCUGAAUUUCUUGUGCAAGCAAUCAUGCUUGAGGGUACGUAUGGUCGAUUGGCAUUGAGAAUGGCUGGAGUGCUAUGGUGCAUGACUGCUCCACAAGGCUUCCAGAAUAUUGGUUCGUUGAGAAAUCUUGUGCGGAGACUACCGUUCCAUGGAAAUGUAAAACCUGAAACAAUGAUGCUAUAUCGCUCUGUGUUGCAGGAUAAGUUUGAAGGAAUGCCUGUGAAGGAUCUUGACUUGGUUAGUCAGGGUCGUAUAGAAUCAUUUCCCGAUAAGGAGCCCAUUGUUGGUAGUGUAAAAACUGCGUCCAUGUGGUUCUCUGUUGAACUUGGUAUCAAGCCCAGCAACACCAUUUAUACUGCUCUACUGAAUUAA